CUUUGGCUAACGUGUUGGUGUUUACGUCUGCGUGGUCUGCUAUCCCAGACAGUGACUGACGCUGCCACGACUAAUAAUUGCUGUCUGCUGUUGCACGUGCGAGAGAAGAGCCGCUACUGCAUUCUCAUCCGUUCCCCAGCUAUAGUUUUUCUCCUUCUUCUAAGCAGAAGUACUGAAGUCUCUGACGCACGCUGGCACGCCAAAACAUCAGCAAACGUGCUUGAUUCUCUCCGAAGGGGUUAAAGCAUCUGACACUCGCUGAGAAGAAAGUGAAGACCAAAUCAGAUUGACAGCAGGAAGAAGUUACACUGUUCUCCCGACAGCUUUCAGAGGCAUCAGUUUUGCACUUGGACUAGAAGACAGCUGCAGCAAACAAAAGGUAGUGAUGGGAUCUGAAGAUUGUGCUGCUUCGACGACACCCAGCGAUGAGCCAACCGGUGACGGAACAACCUCGGUCUCGGAUAAGCCACCAGUGAUCCCCCACCCGAUACCCGUUUUAGGACAAAAUGUGUUGGAAAGCGCUCCUCCGCUUGUGGACGUUUAUGUCGAUCUCAUCGAGAACCGCAAGCUGACGGGCAAAGUGAUCAAGAAUCUCUGCGCGGUGAACCCCAUCCCGUCGCUACACCACCUAAAGCGCGUCAGGAACUUCUACAUCAUCCUGGACUACGUGAAGGACGACACGGCCGAGUCGUGCCUGCGCGGCCUGCGGGCCAGGGGCCUGGACACGGUGGGCCUGCGCUGCCGGCCGGAGGUGCGCCAGGUGCCCCGCCAGCCGCCCAAGACGCGCAGCCAGUUCCGUGCCGCCAACGCGCUCUGGCCCUGCAACUUCCGCGAGGACAAGCAGCUGGAGGCGCUGCUGACGCAGAAUGCCUUCAGCGACGGCGAGCUGCGCCACCAGGUGCGCCUCAUGGAGCGGUGCCUCGAGGCAGCGGAGGUCAGCCAGAGAGUCGGCGGCGACGGCGUGGGCGCUCUGGUGGCUGACCCUGCAUCUGGCGAGGUGGUCGCCGUGGCGUACGACGACCGCGGCAGGCACCCGCUCAAGCACGCCAUCAUGAUGCUGGUCGAGAUGGUCUCCCGCGACCAGGGCGGUGGCUUCUUCGACUGGGAGGUCGACAGGUUCCCCUACGAAUCAGCUCAUUCAGAAGGCCCAGAUACCAGAGUAUGUGACCCAGCUGCUGUUAGUAGUGGAGCAGUCACUACAUGCCCAUCAGAGGCGCUUUCCAGCUCUGAAGAACUCUCCGUACUCCUGGACAGCGAUGUUGCUCGCUUGGCAGAGUGUUAUCGAGAUGUUGCCUCAAAUAAAAGUUCCUCUGACCAGAAGUGUGAACGUAACAUUUCAAAUAGUGCUACAACUGUUGUGAGACCAGAUACUGGUAAUGGUGUUGGGACGGCAGAAUUAGACGAAAAGACGAAGGGAGAUCAGUACUGUUCUGAAAUAAGAGGCAAUGACAUUUCAUCAGGAUGUGCUGAUGGAGCGACUGGCUGUGGAGACGUGCCUCGUGCGUUAGCUAGCCUCGUCGGAAACAAGAAAGAAGGCUGUCCUACCAUUCAGUGUGAUAGUUUGUCUGGGGACGCCGUCAGGAGUUCUAGACAGACGCCCUCGGAGGCGGACUGUGAGUCCGGUACAAAGCGACGGCGCACGUCCUCAUCGGCGGCAGGUGACGCUGAGGGCCCGUACCUGUGCACGGGGCUGGACGUGUACGUAACGCGCGAGCCGUGCUGCGCAUGCGCCAUGGCGCUGUUGCACAGCCGCGUGCGGCGCGUGUUCUACGGCUGCGGCCAUCCGCCGGCAGGGGCGCUGGGGUCGCGCGCCGCCCUGCACACGCUGCCCGGCACCAACCACCGCUUCCAAGUGUUCCGCGGCGUGCUCGAGGACCGCUGCCUGCGCGCGCUGCGGGCCACCUAGCGGCACCCACCGGAGGCUUAACGGGGACCAUGCUGUGCCUUACCAGAUGAGCCUACGCCUUGUGCUCACACAGUGGGCCUACACAUUCCAAGUUUAUAAUUAUGUACUAUGCGUCAGUGUAGUGAACUGUCUCAACUGUUUAAUAAAGAAUAUUUUUCUUAAAGAAGCGGGUGUUAAUGUGCUGUUGAACCAGAGUAAUGCUUACCAUCGUACAGGGUGAACCACUGCAUGAAUACGAACUCUAUCGACAAUAUUUCAGAUAUUAUUGGGGACUUUUUCUACGCAUUUUGGUGUAAGGGACCCGGUGUCUCCGGUCAUUCGUUAUGUAUAGCUCUAUUUAGACUUAUUCGCACCGCAGCUACAGUAGUUUUAAGCCAUUAACGAGUGUUUAUGCAUAAUUAGGGGCCAUACACGCAUAAAAAAUUCUCAUAAAAAUAGUUCUGAAGAGAAUUGAAGAGAAGGUGGAUGAUAUGCUGAUUGAAGAUCAGUUUGGUUUCAGAAGGGGAACAAGAGAGGCAUAUUCUGGCACUGAGAAACGUUAUCGAAAAGCAAUUACAGAAAAAUAAACCAACUUACAUUGCCCUUGUAGACAUGAAAAAGGCAUUCGAUAACGUUAUAUGGCAAGAAAUGUUCAGAGUGCUGAGGAAAAGUGGAAUAAAGUAUAAAGACGUCUGUGUGAUACUCAGUUUCUAUAAGAAUGAGGUGGCAGUGAUUAGGAACUGUCACCAUGAACAAGAAGCAAAUAUUAGAGAAGCGGUAAGGCAAGGAUGCACUGUCUCUCCUCUUUUAUUCAAUGCUUACAUCCACGAAGCCAUAGACCAAGUUCGAGAAACUACUGAGGUGGGGAUCAAAAUUAAUGGGCAGAAAAUAGACAUGUUACGUUGUGAAGAUGAUAUUGCUAUAG